CUUCGUCGUCUACCUUUUUUCAACCGGUUAAAUAAAUCUAUUGAUUAUUCUGAUCUUCUUCCCGUUCGAUCUCACUCUGUUUUCUAAAAAACCUUCGUGUGUUAAGCAUCAGAUUUGAAGAAGCAAAUUGAUGAACUCGUGAUCUCUAUACGGAUCUAAGAGGAGCAGGAGUUAUGGAGUGGGCUACGGUGCAGCAUCUGGAUCUACGCCACGUUGGCCGCGGUGUGAGCAAGCCGCUACAACCUCAUACGGCGGCGUUUCAUCCGACUCAGGCUGUAAUCGCUGUUGCCGUUGGCUCUCACAUCAUGGAAUUUGAUGCAUUGACGGGGUGUAAGAUCGCAUCCAUUGACAUUGGAUCUCCAGCUGUUAAAAUGUUGUAUAGUCCUACUAGCAGCAAUGCUGUUGUUGCCAUUCUUGAGGAUUGUACAAUUAGGUCAUGUGAUUUUGAGACGGAGCAGACUUGUGUCUUGCAUUCACCGGAGAAGAGGAGUGAGCACAUUUCCUCGGAUACAGAAGUUCAUCUUGCUGUUACGCCACUCCAACCUGUUGUGUUUUUUGGAUUCCCAAAAAGAAUGAGUGUUACAGUUGUUGGAACUGUUGAAGGUGGAAGAGCUCCAACAAAGAUUAAGACAGACCUGAAGAAACCAAUUGUCAACAUUGCUUGUCACCCUCGGCUUCCUGUCCUGUAUGUAGCAUAUGCAGAGGGGUUGAUACGAGCUUAUAACAUUCAUACUUAUGCUGUUCAUUAUACAUUACAGCUUGAUAAUACUAUUAAACUCAUUGGCGCUAGUUCGUUUGCUUUUCACCCAACACUAGAAUGGAUUUUUGUUGGAGAUAGGAGGGGUACACUUUUAGCAUGGGAUGUUUCAACUGAAAGACCUAACAUGAUUGGAAUAACUCAAGUGGGUUCGCAACCCAUUACUUCUAUUUCCUGGCUUCCUAUGUUGCGUGUACUUGUCACUGUGUCCAAGGAUGGAUCUCUUCAAGUGUGGAAGACACGGGUUAUAAUCAAUCCCAACAGGCCUUCAACACAAACAAACUUUUUUGAGCCUGCUGCUAUGGAAUCGAUAGACAUUCCUAGAAUUCUCUCUCAACAGGGUGGGGAAGCUGUUUACCCUUUACCACGAAUCAAAACUAUAGAAGUUCACCCAAAGCUGAACUUAGCAGCUUUGAUUUUUGCAAACAUGGCGGGUAAUGAAAACACUCAAAAUCGAGCAGCUCAGACUAGGGAAGGAAGGAAGCAGCUCUUUGCAGUUCUGCAAAGUGCUAGGGGAUCUUCAGCUUCUGUUCUAAAGGAAAAGCUUUCAUCGAUGGGUUCCUCUGGAAUUUUAGCCGAGCAUCAACUCCAAGCUCUGCUACAAGAGCAUCAUCACAAGGGCCAGAGUCAGCUAACAAUUUCAGAUAUUGCACGGAAGGCGUUUUUGUACAGUCAUUUUAUGGAGGGCCAUGCCAAAACUGCACCAAUAUCAAGGUUACCCCUUAUUACCGUCGUGGAUACAAAGGAUCAACUUAAAGACAUUCCUGUUUGCCAGCCAUUUCAUUUGGAGCUGAAUUUCUUCAAUAAGCCAAAUAGAGUUCUACAUUAUCCUAUUAGAGCCUUUUAUAUCGAGGGCCUUAACCUCAUGGCACACAAUCUCUGUUCUGGAACGGACAACAUCUACAAGAAGCUGUACACAUCGAUUCCCGGAAAUGUAGAAUAUCAUUCGAAGCACAUUGUUUACAGUCGUAAAAGGCACCUCUUUCUGGUUGUCUUUGAAUUCAGUGGUGCUACGAAUGAAGUUGUGCUUUACUGGGAAAAUACAGGUUCUCAGCUGCCUAAUAGCAAAGGAAGCACUGCUAAAGGUUGUGAUGCUGCCUUUAUUGGCCCAAAUGACGAUCAAUUUGCAAUUCUUGACGAGGAUAAGACAGGACUGUCUAUGUAUAUCUUCCCAAAACUUACCACAAUAGAAGAGAAUGAGAAGAAUCUAUUAUCUGAAGAGAAGCAAACCAAGGAGACGAAUGUUUCUGGAAUUCAGGGUCCACAACAAUUCUUGUUUGAGACAGAAGUCGAUCGUGUUUUUUCCACACCGAUAGAGUCCACUCUGAUGUUUGCUUGUAAUGGAACCCAAAUUGGGUUGGCAAAGUUGUUUCAGGGCUAUCGUCUCUCAGCUUCAGAUGGUCAUUAUAUUUCAACACAAGGCGAGGGACGAAAGUCCAUCAAGUUGAAGAAACAUGAAAUAGCUCUUCAGGUUCAAUGGCAAGAAACACCUCGAGGAUAUGUCGCAGGGAUAUUAACAACCCAAAGGGUGCUGAUGGUGUCUGCAGAUUUUGAUAUAUUGGCAAGCAGUUCGACAAAACAUGAUAGAGGACUACCAUCGUUUGAUAGUUUGCGAAUUACUCCAAAAUCUCUUGAUAUUCUUGCCAGAAGCACUCCAGUAUGUGGAGAUCUCGCUGUAUCACUAGCUCAAGCAGGCCCUCAAUUCAACCAGNUAUGGGUUGGGCCUGCCUUACUCUUUUCUACAACAACUGCUGUGUGUUUACUUGGCUGGGAUGGCAAAGUUAGGACCAUUCUUUCUAUAAGUACACCGUAUGCAGUUAUCCUCUUCAACGCAGCCUUAGUUGGUGCCUUGAAUGACCGCCUAUUGCUUGCUAAUCCCACUGAUAUAAGUCCGAAGCAGAAAAAGGGGAUUGAAAUCAAGAGCUGUCUUGUUGGGCUACUUGAACCGCUUUUAAUCGGAUUUUCUACAAUGCAACAAACAUUUGAACAGAAAAUAGACCUUUCUGAAAUAAUUUCGUUGAUGGGUCUGGAAUCCCUUGGAAAACAAAACGUAGCUGAUGAACAGGCAAAGGCUGCUGAGGAAUUCAAGAAAACAAUGUAUGGUGCUGCUGGUGAUGGCAGCAGCAGUGACGAGGAAGGUGUGCCAAAAACUAAGAAGCUGCAAAUUAGAAUACGAGAAAAGCCAACAUCCACCACUGUGGACGUCAAUAAGCUUAAAGAAGCUGCUAAAACAUUUAAACUCGGAGAUGGGCUAGGCUUAGGAAUGAGUAGAACAAAAUCAAUUAGUGCUGGAUCCCAGGAUUUGGGUCAGAUAUUAAGCCAGCCUUCUUCCUCAACAGCUGCAACUACAGCUGCUCCGAGUUCUGCAUCUGCUCCUGUUGAUCCUUUCGCGAUGGGCUCAUGGACACAGCAACCUCAACCAGUUUCUCAACCACCUCCAUCUGGUGUAGCCGCGCCAAUACCGGAAGACUUUUUCCAAAACACAAUCCCAUCGGUUGAGUUUCUCAUGGAAAUGUUUCUGGCAAGGUUCAGUUAUCUAACUACUUUGGACAUUUGGUACUGUAGAUAUGGUCAAUUUGAUAGCGCAAAGGAAACUUUUGAAGUAAUAGCCGACUACGAGAGCAUGCUAGAUCUUUUCAUAUGCCACCUCAACCCUAGUGCUAUGCGUCGUCUUGCCCAGAAAUUGGAAGAAGAAAGCGGAGAUCCCGAGUUAAGACGAUAUUGUGAAAGGAUUUUACGAGUACGGUCUACAGGAUGGACCCAGGGAAUUUUUGCUAAUUUUGCAGCUGAGAGUAUGGUUCCAAAAGGACCAGAAUGGGGUGGUGGCAACUGGGAAAUCAAGACUCCAACCGACAUGAAGAGCAUACCUAAGUGGGAGCUUGCUGGGGAAGUAAUGCCAUAUAUGAAGAACGAAGAUGGAACCAUCCCCUCAAUAGUAGCUGAUCAUAUUGGUGUAUACUUGGGAUGUGUCAAAGGUAGAGUUAAUGUUGUGGAAAUUAAAGAAGACAGCUUAGUUUCUAAACCUGGAGGGCUUAGUUUGUUGGGUAAACCUGUAUCGGAUAAACCUUUGGCACUUCCUGCUGGUGAAUCCAGUUCGUUGAUGGGUCUGGAAUCCCUUGGAAAACAAAACGUAGCUGAUGAACAGGCAAAGGCUGCUGAGGAAUUCAAGAAAACAAUGUAUGGUGCUGCUGGUGAUGGCAGCAGCAGUGACGAGGAAGGUGUGCCAAAAACUAAGAAGCUGCAAAUUAGAAUACGAGAAAAGCCAACAUCCACCACUGUGGACGUCAAUAAGCUUAAAGAAGCUGCUAAAACAUUUAAACUCGGAGAUGGGCUAGGCUUAGGAAUGAGUAGAACAAAAUCAAUUAGUGCUGGAUCCCAGGAUUUGGGUCAGAUAUUAAGCCAGCCUUCUUCCUCAACAGCUGCAACUACAGCUGCUCCGAGUUCUGCAUCUGCUCCUGUUGAUCCUUUCGCGAUGGGCUCAUGGACACAGCAACCUCAACCAGUUUCUCAACCACCUCCAUCUGGUGUAGCCGCGCCAAUACCGGAAGACUUUUUCCAAAACACAAUCCCAUCGGUUGAGGUUGCCAAGACAUUGCCUCCUCCUGGCACUUAUCUUUCGAAAAUGGAUCAAGCUGCUCAAGCUGCACAGGGUGUUUCAAAUCAAGCAAAUAAUACUCCUCUGCCUGAUAUUGGUCUUCCCGAUGGUGGCGUUCCUCAACAGUAUCCUCAACAGGCAAGUCAACAACCGGGUGCUCCAUUUCAGACUGUUGGACUUCCUGAUGGUGGUGUUCCUCAACAGUAUCCUGGUCAGACCCAGGGGCCAAACCAGGUUCCGGUUUCUACACAGCCUCUUGACCUGAGCGUUCUUGGAGUUCCAAAUACCGGUGAUUCUGGGAAGCCUCCUGGACAGCCUCAAUCGCCUCCUGCAUCAGUUCGUCCUGGACAGGUUCCACGUGGAGCUGCAGCUCCGAUUUGUUUCAAGACUGGACUUGCCCAUCUCGAACAAAACCAGCUUCCAGAUGCACUUUCUUGCUUCGACGAAGCAUUCUUGGCUCUGGCUAAAGAUCAAUCACGUGGAGCAGAUAUCAAAGCUCAAGCCACUAUUUGUGCUCAAUACAAGAUAGCCGUAACUCUCCUUCGGGAAAUCUUGAGGCUACAAAGAGUCCAAGGCGCGAGCGCAUUAAGCGCAAAGGACGAAAUGGCUAGACUUUCAAGGCAUCUUGCUUCACCCGGUUGUAUCAUUUGUGGUAUGGGAAGCAUUAAACGGUCUGAUGCACUCGCUGGACCGGCACCUGUAUCCACACCGUUCGGCUAAAGGUUAUAAACGUUAUCACAGUUGAUUCAAUUAACAUCAAGCAAAUUUCAAACUAGUUAUUACAUGUUAGAACUAUUCAUCGAUUUUGUGGGGUUUGUUUUCUGUUCAUUCGUGUGUAUAUGAUUUGAUUAUUUGUAUCUGUUUAUUUUCCAUACGUGGCUAAUACAAUUUGUAACGUCACUCUUCUUUGCCCACCAGGUUAUCUUUCAUUUUCUUUUGUUCAAUUUUACGUCA